AGCGCCAAUGAGAAAAGCAAUAUUUCGACAGUUAUUUCAUUUACUAAGUCAGUCAUGCCACUGCAGGCCUUCUCUUCCACUUUGGCUGAAACUCGAUUCUUCAGAGCUGGUAGUUGUAUCUACAAGUUCAAGAUCAGAGGAGGCUGCAGCUUCAGGGGAGAAGAGGUCAUGGGAGGAAACUGCUUCAACCAGGAACUGGAGGAAGUUAUCAGAACUGUUCUUGGCAACCUGGACAGUCUCCAACCCUUCUUUAGUGCCCACUUCAAUAUCUUCCCCUAUAAGAAGCGAUGGAAAGGAGCACCAAAGGUGGUGCCCAAACAUGGUGACAGGAAGCUGGCAGCCUACCCCUACUGCCUGAUCCUCUACCUGGAGAAGAACAUGCAGGAUGAGGCAUCAAAGCAAGCAGAGGAGAAGCUGAGCCCAGAGAAAGACGCUGCUGUUCCUGAGCCCCGGUCAAAGCGCUUUAGAAGAUGUUCACCACUAGAGGAGGCCAUACAAGACUUAAACCAGGAUUUUGAGACUAAAAGCAAGGCUUCUGUGGUUGGGCUCUCUCUGGAUCGUCCACAUGCACACAGAGAGGUCAAAGAAGAUGCAGGAUGCUUUGAUGAGAAAUACGAACCCCAGCAGGACCCAGGUGUCACAGUGACAGGAAGUGGGACUAGAGGUGAAGUGCAUUCUGGGACAAUAGAGCCCAUGGAAGAGGAUGAAGAAGAAGAGGAAGAGUCUGAACCUGGUACCCCUGUGAGGGCAGGGAUUCUGAGUCGACUAGCUAGCCAUGUCUUCCCCUUCUCCCUGCUCUUCAGAGACCCCUGAGGGCCACUGUACGGAGACAGGAGGUGUUACUGGUGACUGAAGCGGAAACUCACCGGGGUUUGUUUAGUUUAAGUCCUGCAGAGAGAACUCAGGAGUUUGUUUUUUUCAGGAACAUUUGAAUAGACCUGUUUGUAUCCUUGUUAAAUAAUCAGUUGUAUAAAGGUCAUUAUUAAUGUUCCCUAUUGAACUGAGGUUAUUCCGACUCAUGUAAGAUGUUCUAUUUUAUUUAUAUCUUAAUUAUAUAUUGAUAUAACUAUUAAGUGCAGAGUUCAAGGGUGUAUUUAUGUUAGCUUUCUGUUGUAGCUCAUAUAAGCAAAUAAAGAUUGUUGCUUCCUUGUU